AUGUCCACAUCAUCGAAUACCGUGCGGGUCGCAGUCACCCAGGCAGAGCCGGUGUGGCUUGACCUUGACGCGACAGUGGAAAAGACGUGCUCGCUGAUCGCUGAAGCCGCAGCCAAAGGCGCCCGGCUAAUAUCCUUCCCCGAGUGCUGGAUUCCAGGUUAUCCGGCAUGGAUAUGGUCCCGCCCCGUCGACCCUCCUUUGACCACAACCUACAUGCGCAACUCGCUCAAGCUAUCCUCCCCGCAAAUGAUCAAGAUGCAAAAUGCCGCCGCUAAGCAUAAGAUCAUUGUCGUUCUCGGAUUCUCCGAAAAUAUUUACGACAGUCUUUAUAUCGCGCAAGCUAUCAUCGACGCUGACGGAGAGAUCCUGACUUCGCGAAAGAAAAUCAAAGCAACACACAUGGAACGAACAGUAUUUGGCGACUCGACGGGCGAUUGUCUCGAUGGUGUUGUUGAUACUUCAAUUGGAAAGGUUGGAGCGCUCUCGUGUUGGGAACAUAUCCAACCGCUGCUCAAAUACAAUAACUACGCGAAGCGGGAGCAGAUCCAUGUUGCUGCCUGGCCGCCCAUCCUUUCGCAUGCGCAUGAUGGGCCGGAUAGUCUGUACUCCAUGUCGAAAGAAGGAACCACGGCUAUCUCCCAAACAUAUGCUAUUGAGUCCCAAUCAUUCGUUCUUCACACUACGGCCGUUAUUACGCAAAAGGGAAUCGAACGAAUGGGCACGGAGAAUGGCGCGCUGAUGAAAUCUCCCGGUGGCGGAAACUCCGCUGUUUUCGGGCCCGACGGACGCAAGCUUACUGAGGAUAUACCGGGACAUGAGGAGGGCAUCCUGUACGCUGAUCUUAAUCUUGAAGCGAUUUCCUUGUCAAAAGCCUUUGUGGACGUCGUUGGGCAUUAUUCGAGACCAGAUCUGCUUUGGCUGGGUGUCAAGGAAGGCGAGUGCAAACAUGUUAGGACGCUUGCUGAGUAG